AUGGCGGAGCCUUUCACUCGCUCCGUGUCGCAGCUCGUCUGCGCUCAGAUUUGCGAAUCUUUUGGCUUCCAGUCCAUCCAACGGUCAGCGCUCGAGACCUUGUCCGACAUCCUGACUCGGUUCAUCACCAGCGUAGGCGACGCCGCACACGCGCACGCGGAGCUCGCAGGGCGAACCGACGCUAACGCCAACGACGUCGCCCUCGCUUUAUCCGACGUCGGCACGUCGCUCGGCGAUCUCGCUCGUUUCGUCGAAUUCGCGGACGACAUCUCGUCGCCGUCGUUAGCGCAAGCCGUCCCGUCCUUCCCCGUGCCCAGAAACCCGCGCUUCGUCGCCGCCAGUUUCCUUCAGAGCGGGGAGGACCCUCCUCCACGUGGCGACAUUCCCGAAUGGCUGCCGGCGCUGCCGGAUCCCCACACGUACAUCGCCACGCCUGUGUGGGAGGCUCGGGGGCAGGACAAGCGGCAGGAUCGGGUGGAGGAGGGGCGGGAGCGGCGGCGCGCGGAGCAGUCACUCGUGUCGCUGCACCAGCGCAUGGGGAUGGUCACCGCGGGCGGCGCGCAGGCGCGCGGUGGUCCUGGCGGCGGGCGCCUGCUGUGGGGCGGAUGGUCACACCUUGGCGCGGGGGACGACCUCCCUGCAAGGCCAGACGCGGGGAUAUCCGCCCCCGUUGCCACUGGUGCAGCGUCCGCGGUGCGCAAUGAUGAUGGCGCUGAGCGGGGCGAGGGGCGGAAGAAGCGGAGGAGGGAGGCAGAUGGCGGGUGGGUGGCGGGCCAGGUUCCUUCCGCGAUAGAUGCGUUCCCGGGGCUCAUGAUGGCCGCGGGCAGGGCGCAGGGGGGCGGGGGAACGGGGGAUGGGGUUGAGGAAAGCGAGGAGGAGGAUGAGCUAGAAGAGGUAGAGGGGAGGAAUGGGGAUGUGAUGGCUGUGGAUGGUGAUAUUGUGGUAGUGGGGGAUAAAGGGAUGAAGGAGGUUGGUUGGAGUGGGUGGUCGGCAGUGGAGAGGGUUUCAGUGCUAGGCCUGCCAGCGUCGAAUACACGACUCGAGAGCAACUAUUUGAUAGGUCGCGAGAUCGGUCGCGGGUUGUACGGCGUGGUUCGCGUGGUGAUGCACAGGAAGUCGCACGAGCGAUACGCGUGCAAGACGGUAGACAAGCGCCGCAUGUCGCAGGAUCAGCUCGCACGCCUCCGCACGGAGUUCGACAUUCUCAAGCGCGUAUCAUCGCACCAAUCCGUAGCGGCCCUUGUCGACCAAUACGAGGACUCCACGUACGUGCAUUUCGUCCUGGAGCUCUGCACUGGAGGGACGUUGUAUGAUGUCCUCACGACGGCCUCUAUCGCGGAUGAUGUGUCUGCUAUUGAUCACUCUGAGAGCACCGCCAGCGCUGCCGCUGCCACAACCAGCACACGCAACAGCAGCGCAAGCACCGCCAGCCGCAGCAGCAGCAGCGUCAGUGGGAGCGCAUCGUCGAAGCGGAUGAGCGAGGCGCAGGCGAAGCAGGUGAUGCGGCAGCUCGCGGAGGCGGUGGCGAGGCUGCACGCGGAGGGCGUGGUGCACCGCGACCUGAAGCUCGAGAACAUUGCAUUCAUGGACGCGCGGGAAGCGGGGGAGGGUGCGUCGCAUCCUGACGGCAGCACACACCAUGGCUCUACCAGCAGCCGCAGCACAGGCACUAGCCGUCAUUUUCCCAGCAUCGGCAGUGCCAGCAGCUUGGCUUCUGAUCUGAGUGGCAGUGAGGCCGACAGCGACUGCACGGGUUCCCUGGCGUCCUCCUCCGCGCCCUGCUCCCCCGCCUUCUCCGCGCCCUUCCCUCCCCUCAAGCUCCUCGACUUUGGUCUGUCCACGUGGCACAAGCGAGCAGACGGGCAGUGGCUGACGGAAAUAGCGGGGACGGCGUACUAUGUGGCGCCAGAGGUGCUGAGGAAGCAGUAUGGCAGCGAGUGUGACGUGUGGAGCAUGGGAGUCGUUCUUUACAUGAUGCUUACUGGAUCGCCACCCUUCUGGGAUGUUUCGGAGGAGGCAAUCUGCUCUGCCGUGUUGGCAGGCCACUAUGACAUGGUCAGUGCACCAUGGCCGUCCAUCUCACCCGCUGCCAAGGACCUCGUCAGACGCAUGCUGCAGACUGACCCGGCCAAACGAAUCACAGCACCUGAAAUUCUUGAGCACGAGUGGAUCAGCUUCUAG